AUGACUGAAGCAUCUCCAGUGGGUGCAUCUUUGCUUCGAUUGAAACUCUUGGAUGCUUUGAGAAGUGGAGACACAUCCAAGAUAGAUGCAAUCGUUGGGGAAAUAAACUCCAGCAAAACCACAAUUCAAAAUCAAGAGUUGAACCGAUUGAAACUGACCAUAUUACACUACGCUGUACAGGUGGCCACUUUACCAACAAUACAAUACUUGGCUAAUAAUGCUGAAAAAUAUGGCUUGGACAUUAAUUCACAAGACCCUCAGGGAAAUACACCUUUACAUUUGGCAGCAAUUGCUUCGAGACAAGAUGUGGUCAAGUAUCUUUUGUCAUUACCCGACAUCAAUGAUACGAUUGUCAAUUUGGAUAAGAAACAACCAGUGGAACUCUGCAAGAAUUUGAACAUUGCGCAGUUGAUGCAAUUUGAGCGAGCAAAAUUUGUUGAAAAAUCAGCAACUCAAUUGCGAGCCUAUUUCAGUAAUCGAGACUUUGAUAAUUUGGAGAGGUUAUUGGUGUUAAAUCCAAGAGCCUCAGAGUUGUUGGAUAUCAAUGGUGCUGAUCCAGAAUCAGGCAACACCGUUUUGCAUGAAUUCAUCAAAAAGGAUGAUAUACAGAUGUGCGAUUGGAUUUUAAAGCAUGGUGGUGAUCCUUUCAAGAGAGACAAACAUGGAAGAUUGCCUAUAGAGUUGGUAAAUCCUAAGGAUGAACCAUUGAAAAAGUUGAUUAAAGCUGCUACUCGUGAUCAAACUAUCAUGGAUCCAGUCGCAACUACAAACUCGGCGAUCAAAGCUGGUAAUGCGCCUGUUUACAAGGGAUACUUGAAUAAAUGGACCAAUUUUGCCUCCGGUUACAAAUUGAGAUAUUUUGUUUUAGAUCCAAAUGGAAUCUUGUCGUAUUAUACUAAUCAAGAAGACACAAUGAAUUCCUGUCGUGGUUCAUUGAAUUUGGGCUAUGCCACAUUACAUCUUGAUUCUUCAGAAAAGAUGAAGUUUGAAAUUUAUGGUAAAAACGGUCUUAGGUGGCAUUUAAAGGCUAAUCAUCCUAUUGAAACAAACAGAUGGGUAUGGACUUUACAAAAUGCUAUAACAAUUGCCAAGGAUAAUAUCAAAAAGAAACAUACGACAAGAACAACAAGUUCAGCAGGUGACUCUCCUUCAACCGAAGAUUACGACGAUUCCUCCAUUGCCGAUGAUACAGAAUCGGUGGAAAAGAAAAAACAUAGGUUUAGAAUCCCUGGAAGAAACAAACAUAAACGUAAUACCAGUCAGGUAUCUAAGGAGUCGGUUGAUGAUGUUGCAUUUGAUAAAUCGCGUUCCUCUUUUGGCAACUCGCGGGCAAGCACUGACGGGACAUUGGCUUCGCCUACUGGAAGAUCACGCAAUCAGGCUUCUCGAGUUAGUUUGGAUGAUCAACAUAGUGCAGCAGAAACCGAUCAUGAGAAUUUCGACCAUGAUUAUGAUGGAACUGAGCCAGAAGACGAAGAGAGCGAUUUCGAAAAUGAUGUUGAUGUUAAUCAAUUGAACGAUGACAUUGCAGCAUCAAGAAGAGCAUUACAAAUUGAGUUGUCGUCAUUGUUGGAAUUGUUCAGUCAAAUCAUGAAUAGUGAUACUUUCCAGCCGAACUCCAAACAAGCCGAAGUGUGUAUAGUGGGAAACAACACAAUUAGAGCCAUAAAUGAGUUGCUUGGGAAAUACAACAUCAAUGUGGAUGCAAGAGAUUCUAAAUUGAGAAGAAAUUUGGACAGACAGUUGGAGGUUAAUCAGUUGUGGGAAAAAUCAAUUAGGCAAUUGGAGAAUGAAAUCCAAGCCAGAGAAGAAAAAUUGGCUGUGUUCCAAGGCCAAAGAAAGCAAUUGAGGAAAUACUUAUCGGGAAGAGCUACUGCUGGUAGCGAAACAGGCGGUACAUUGUCACCGGUUGCGACAAAUAAUGUCAAUGAUGGAGAUGCUAUAGGUGUCGCCAAUGGCGAAAUCUUGAGUAAGAACCCGGAGGAGGAUCAAGUUGAUCAAAUAGAUUCCAAGUUGGAUGCAGUGCAGCAUAACCCUCAAGCCCAAACAGAACCUUCUCAGGCUCCACCACAACCUGAAUUGAAUGAAGAAGUCAUUGGUGAAUUAUUGGGUGAUGAUUCCGACGACGAGUUUUUCGAUGCUGAUGAAUUCGAAGAAGAAGAACAAGAAAUGGGAGGUGAAGAUGAGAGACAGAUUGUGGAAAGUGAUGAGAAGUUGCGCGAGAAGGAUACACAACAACAGCAAAGUGUUGAGCCCACGCAAGAGCAAGUACCACAACCAGUUGAAGAACAAGAACAACAACCAAUUGAAGGGCAAGUGCCUGAACAAGCUAGGCAAUCACAGCCACAACAACAACAAAUUUCUGAAGAAUCGACUGCAGUGGGUGCUGCUGGCGCUGGUGCUGCCGGUAUUGCUGGAGCUGAAGUUGCUAAUCACAACAAGCAACCUCAAGACGAGGAUAUUGGACCCAAUGAGAUUCCAGGAGGUGCUGAGCUGAUUGCACCAUCUGAAGGAACCAAGGUGGAUGAAGCAGCACAGGGUGAAUCCCCUGCAACUGCUAAAGCCCUUCCUGGGGAUGAGGAUCUUAACCCAGCUCAAAGAGAGAUUAACCAUGAAUUGCAUGAAGAAGGCUCGUACUUGGGUUAUGAAAAUCCACCCAGAAAGAAGUUGGCAUUGGACGAGGAUAACAGACCCAAGGUUGGAUUAUGGGGUAUACUUAAAUCAAUGAUUGGUAAAGAUAUGACAAGAAUGACUUUGCCAGUCUCUUUUAAUGAGCCAACUUCCUUGCUUCAAAGAUUAGCUGAAGAUAUUGAAUAUAACAAUUUGUUAAACACUGCUGCAGGGUAUGAUGAUUCGACAUUGAGAUUGGUUUAUGUUGCAACUUUUGCCGCUACUGAGUAUUCAUCAACCAUUGACAGAAUUGCUAAGCCAUUUAACCCACUUUUAGGUGAAACUUUUGAAUACUCUCGACCAGAUCAAAACUAUAGAUUAUUCGUUGAACAGGUGAGUCAUCAUCCUCCUAUCAGUGCAUGUCAUGCCACAUCACCUAAAUGGGAAUAUUAUGGAGAAAAUGCUGUCGAUUCGAAGUUUUAUGGACGUUCGUUUGACUUCAAACACUUGGGUAAGAUGUUUUGUGUGGUGAGACCUAAUAAUGGAGUUAAAGAUAAAAAUGGAAAUGUUGUUGCUGAAGAAUUGUACAGUUGGAAGAAAGUCAACACUGCUGUUGUUGGUAUCAUGGUUGGUAACCCAACGGUUGACAAUUAUGGUAAAAUGGUUGUUGAAAAUCACACCACUGGUGAUAUAAUCACUGUGGAUAUGAAGCAACGUGGCUGGAGAGCAUCAUCAGCUUAUCAGUUAUCAGGACAAGCAUUGGAUAGAAAUGGAACCCCACAAUGGGCACUCGGUGGACAUUGGAAUUCGAAAAUAUUUGCCAAAAAAAUCAACAAAGACCAGUUGGACUCUCUGGGAAACACCAGGAAAAUGUCCAUUCUAGAAGAUCCUGGCAAAUCAGGUACUGGAGCUGCAUCAACUGAUCCAUAUUCCGGAUCGAAGUUCCUUGUUUGGCAAGCUGCACCUAGACCAAAAGUGCCAUUCAAUUUGACCCAGUUUGCAUUAACGUUGAAUGGUAUUGACGAUAAGUUGAAACCGUGGUUAGCUCCAACGGAUACAAGGUUACGUCCUGAUCAAAGAGACAUGGAGAAUGGUAAGUAUGAUCGUGCAGCUGAUGAAAAACACCGUGUGGAAGUUAAGCAAAGACAAGCGAGAAAGUACCGUGAAGAACAUAACAUCAAUUAUGUACCAAAUUGGUUUAUUAAGAAGAAGCAUCCCGUGACUGGUGAUCUGUAUUGGGAAUAUAAUGGCAAGUACUGGCCGUCUCGUAAACAACAUAAGUUGAAAGGUACCGGAGAUAUUUUCUAG